AUAACUGCAGCAAAAGAGGAGAGGUGAUCAGCUGUGGUGUCUCUUACGUGGUGCCUUAACAGAAAUUUUGCUUGCGACGGGGUAUGUACAACGAUUUUUCAACAACUACGACACUGAGCUGAGCCAAGAAGAAUCGAGGAGGGAAGUUGGCGAUACAAGUAUAAUUGAUAAAAAGAGAGCGCGGAAGAGUGUCUAAAGGGGUCGUACCACACAUCCAAGCCGAUAACGAGUCGUUUCCCGCUGCCUUCUAUAACAACACGCUCGCCGCUUUCGGUUCUGCCUCAAUCGAGUGUGAUCAAUCAUCAUGGCCCUCAUGAGGAUGACAUUGUCUGCCCUGGCAAGAUCCAGGUUUGGAGCUCAAGCUUUACCAAGAUUUUCCGCUAAUGGCAAACCACGGCCACGGGAUAACAUGGUUUUCGGCUUUGUUGCCUGCAAUUUUUUGAGUACACAUCGAUUGACAAAGAAUAUCGAGCUGCUCGUCGAGGAUAACGUGCCGAUCACAAAGAAUGUCGACAAGAAAGUUAUUAUCAAUCCCAACGCCGAUGAACGACCUUUACUUGUACUUCUUUGCUGGUUGCAAUCCAAGCGAAAGCACAUCAUGAAAUUCGUCAAUUUUUACAUGGAACAAGGCUUCGACGUUGUCACUGUAUCUAUCACUCCUUGGCAGCUGAUGUGGCCUGUCAAUGGAUCGAGAAUUAUCGCAUCAGACCUGCUGGACUUUUUGGAUCAAAACAAACAAUACAAGCGUGUGCUUUUACAUGGUUUUUCUGUUGGUGGUUACAUGUGGGGUGAGGUCUUGGACUUCGUGCAUCAAGAUCGUAAAAAAUACGACCACGUGAUAAAUCGAGUUGUCGGCCACGUUUGGGAUAGUGCAGCUGAUAUAAGCGAAUUCACUAUUGGAACUCCAAAAGCUAUUUUCCCUAAUAACGAAGUACUUCAAAAUGCUACAAGAUCGUAUCUUGAAUAUCACAUGAAAGUUUUUCACAAACAAGCAACUCAAUACUGGAUUCGAUCAAGUCAACUAUUCCACUUGAACUUGGUUCGCUCGCCUGCUCUCUUCUUAGUCAGCAAAACUGAUCCUGUCGGGUCACUGGAGAGUAAUAUGCGAGUUCGAGAUUCUUGGGAAUCUUUGGGAACAAAGACAUAUACGAAGGUGUUUGAGGAUACUCCUCACGUUGGUCACUUCCGGGCUCAUCCCAAGGAAUAUGUAGCCGAGCUUUAUACUUUCUUAGAUCGACUACAACUCAUUCAAAACCAGGAGAAGAUUAGAGCUCGGCUGUAACAAGUAUCAUUACACAAAAAACAAUCAAAUCUAUUGCCAUAUACGCAAUUGUUUGUUCUACCGAUCCGAGAUUUUUGCAAGGGAGCGAUAAAGCUGAACGAUUUAUUGUUUACUUUUUUGUUAAGUAGUAAUACUUUCUUUUUUACUCCUUAUCGUUACGUUAUGUCUUUUACUUGUAAUAAUCUCACUUACAUGUAUCAAUGCAUUAAUUCCAAGUAAGUUUUCGAUCACACGACGCUCCCAUUAGUAUUUUAAGAAUGAAUAUUCAAGAGUUUCCUUUCGUUGGUUUCGAAUUAUGUAAUUUUUUUCUGUAUAAGGUUACAGCUGAUUGUAUAGAGCAACUUUAGAAACAAGCAUUCACGUGGAUAAAGAAAUUAGCUACUAUUUAGUUUAUGAAAAAGGUAUUUUUUCAAUAUAUUGUGUAUUAGAAAUUAAAAAUUUUUGUAUGUGAUUCACUGUACUAAUAGGAUGUAUAAAAAUAUUGAGAAUUAUCUUUUGUACUCACGAUAAUCAAAUUAAAUGAUAAAAUAAAGUCGAUAAAAUAUCUAUUCGC